UCACGAUAAGGAUUGCAUUUCUCAUCUUCUGCCGGUUAAUCGGAAGGAUUGGUCAUGGAAGUUGAAAUUUCAACUGACAAGCCCAGAGCUGCAGUAGAGCCUGAAACCACUGGAUGAAAACUUGGGAAUUGCUACUCUAAGUAAGAUAGAUUUAAGUAAAUCAAUGGCAACGUUAUGAAUGGGCAAGUUUGUCAAAUGUUUACUUUCUGGUAAUGGACUUUGUUGGAAUUCUAUACUGGUUCCAUUCUUCCUUGCAAUUAUCUUUCCGUGCCUUUGCUUUUAUAAAAGUGCUUUACUAUUUAUUUAUUUCUUUAACCAUGUCCUAACGUCUAAAAAUAUUUAUGUUGCUAAUUGUAACAUCUAAAAUAUGUACAGUUUUUUUCCUUAGGCAUGAACAGAGUGAAAAGAGUGAAAUUCAUAGAUACUGAAGUUGAUCAUAUUCUUAGUUCUAGUCCCGAUGCUUCUUCCAUACGAUAUGCAACAGCUCAGGUUCCAAGAUCUGAUGCCCCUAAAACUUCAGAAUAUGCAUUCUUCUCAAAAUUAAGGAAGAGCGCGGGUGGUAGUCAUUCUCAUCCAUUGGGUAAUGAGGACAACCAAUUGAAGAGUGGCAAACCAAGUGACUGUAAUGGAGCAAUAUCCAACAAGUUUAAACACAGCUCCAAGGACCUCAGGUCCUCGUUUCUAGCUGAAAAAGCAAGACCCACCAACGAAGACUCCUUCCUUGCAUGUCUUAAUGGUGAAUCAAAGAAAGCAACUGAUAUAGCUGACAAGGUCAAGCGUAGCUUCAAGGACUUCAGUUCCCCAUUGCUCACAGAAAAUGUCACACCCAUUAAUCACAAUUUGUUCCCCUCAGCACAUGGUGGUGCAUUGAAGAACGCAGGCAACUGGUCUGAGAAAGGAGUCUUUUUUGCAAAGAGGCAGAAGUUACGUCAGGGGGUUUCUGAUACCUCCUUGCCUGAGGUUGACGAACUCUGUUCUAAGGGGUUAGAUUUGGUUUCUGUGCUCCUUAGUCGACUGCUCCCUGAGGGCAAUGAAAACAAUUAUUGCAGGAAUCCAAAGUCAAAGCAAGAGGACAGUGAUACCACAAAUCAGAUAGAUAAUUUGUAUGAGUCGGACAAUCUAGUCAAAGGACUUGAUUGUACUCAUACAAAAAACUUUAAUGAAUACCGACAUGGGUCCUUUCAGGAUGAUGUUUUUCCCAGAUAUUGGUCCGACAUAGCCAGAGAGAGUGUCCUCACAGAAUUGGAUGGGGUAGAUUCAGACUCUCCCUCAGCCAGCUAUGGCAAAAUUCAUUUUCCAUACGAAGAGAGGAAUUAUGAUCGUGAUUUAGAUGGCAGGAGAACUUCUACUUUGUGCAAAAAUAGAGAUUCAUCUUUUUGCUUAUCAUUUGGAAAUUAUGGAUCUCAUGAAUUGAGUCAUCCCAAAGUGAUGAAUGAAUUCCGUGAGUUGAAUGGUGCUGCACUUGAAAGAGAUCCACAUACUCUUUUUCUGGGUUGGGACUUUGAAAAGGAGAAGAAUGAAAGAGAGUUAUCCCUUGCCUAUCACAAUAGAGAAAUAAACUUGUAUUCCACAUUGCUGGCUUCAUGGGAUGAUGACCACCAGGAGAAUCUGUUUGACAGACUUGAUGCAAGUCCACCGUGUUCGGCAUCCUUAUUUUCCAAAUAUCCUAUGAACUUUUCUUCAUUGCCACAUCUCUAUUCAGUCAGGUUUCCCCGUCAGGAGUUUAGAAGCCAACAUGAAGACCAGAAGCAUGUAUUUGUAGAAAUGGAUCAGUUCCCGUUAACCAUAUCAUGUAACCCACCAUAUCCUAAGCUGGUGGAAGAUUGCAAUGCUAACAAUAUAUUUGAGAGUAAGAGCAUUAUCCUCUCGCCUCAAAAUCACUCAUUGUUUCCAAGCAAUUUUUACAGUGAAAAGUAUUAUCCUGGUUUGGAAGCCAUCCUGCUUCCCUCCGGAAUGGAUAUUGAUUUCCGAUGGAGAUGCUUAUCCAUGACUGAGUCUCCUACAAAUCAUCAUUCAUCAACUUAUGGUGCUUCAUUUCCACAAAAGGCAGGCAUAAGCAUGAAUUCACAGCUUCUUGCCGAGGAGAAAAAAGAAAGUAGCCUGCAUAGCUUGAAUCCCAGUAAAACCACUACUCAUUUCUUGGAAGGUACUCUAAACACUCAUGACUGGUCCUCUGUUAAUUUCCAGAUAUGUCUUGACAAGAAGAUAGGUCACCCUUUGCUUCUUGACAACUCAAGUUGGGCCAGAUCUGAAGAAGAGAUAUACUAUGAUGAUGAUGAGGAAUGGGAAUAUAUUUGAAGCUUCACUUCUAAAUUUGGCAUGUCCUUCCGCUUUAAUUAAAACACUUACGAGGACAGUGGCAAUGCUUUUCAUCUCCUUAAGGUAAAUGACUCUUGAUAGCUGCAUUGCUUGCUGAAAUGUUGAAUGUUGUGAAGACUUAAGGCGGACUGAAUGCUUAAAUGGUGCAGGGUUGUACUGCAUAUAAUUACCCUACAGCCUUUUGUGUUCAUGAUAUGCUCGGGGCCUGUAUAAUGCUCAGCCAACAAUGAACUCCACAUAGCUUUGUGAUUGGAAAAUUUUGUGCUAGUAAUGGUAUCAUGUAAGUGCCUAGCUAUAGGAUGGUGCAAUUAUGAGAUCAAAUAUGAUUUUUCACCCAUGGAAGAUAUGAAAUGAGGGCAACAUUUGUGGAAAGUUAAGACAGCUUACCCACGUCUCAUUCAAACGUUUGUAUCACCUGCAUAUGCAUCAGCUCACCAGAUAUAAUCUGUGUCUGAAAUUUUUUCAGACAUGUAAAAGGAAAUUUCAGUCUGUUGUUUCUGCCCACAUGUACCAGAUUUUUUAUGGCAUUAGCAUUGUUGGUUAUUUCUCUGAUAUAAUUGUUGGCAGUAUCUUUUCCCG